AUGAAGGAAGUGGAGAAGAAGGAAGUGAUUAAGUGGCUGGAUGGGGCCAUCAUCUUUCCCAUCUCGGACAACAUCUUGGUAAGCCUAGUCCAAUGUGUUCCGAAGAAAGGUGGCAUGACUGUUGUGCAGAAUGAGAAUAAUGAGUUGAUCUCCACUCGUACGGUCACAGGUUGGAGAAUUUGCAUGGAUUACAGAAAACUUAACAAUGCUACCUGGAAAGACCACUUUCCCCUUCCGUUCAUUGACCAAAUAUUGGAUAGAUUGGCAGGGCGGUCUCACUUCUGCUUUUUGUAUGGAUAUUCGGGGUACAAUCAGAUCACAAUAGCUCUUGAGGAUAGAGAGAAAACGUCAUUCACUUGUUCGUAUGGUAUCUUUGCCUUUCGGAGAAUGCCAUUUGGUCUCUGCAAUGCACCGGCCACGUCCUAG